AGACCCUCAGAUUCGCUGGAACUAUCCCACACAUUAAUCCGCCAUCCCAUUUUUCUUUCUUUUGUCUUUGUCUUUUUCUUUUCUUCCCGUUUGGAAUUAGUUUUAUCCAAGAUCAUGGCAGUGAAAGGAAUCCGCUCCCUGUCCGCCAUCUUGUUGCUGCUGCUGGCAGUCCACUAUAGCUGGCAGCUGCCCCUGCUCGACUCAAGUCCAGAGACAGAAAUUACAGAAUUGGACGAGUCGAAAGAGAAGCGGCAUUCGGACGGGACGUUCUCCAGCGACUACAGUAAAUACCUGGAGGACAGGAAGGCACAGGACUUUGUGAAGUGGUUGAUGAACAACAAGAGAGGAAGUUCCCCGCCGGCGAAGCGUCACGCGGACGGCACGUACACCAGCGAUGUCAGCGCCUUCUUGGAAGAGCAGGCCGCCAAGGACUUUGUAGCCUGGCUAAAGAAUGGACAAGUCCGAAGAAAAUCUGUCACGGAAGAGAUGGAUGAGGUGGUGCAUAAGAGGCACGUGGACGGCAGCUUCACCAGCGACGUGAACAAAGUGCUGGACGCCAUGGCUGCCAAAGAGUAUUUACACUGGGUUAUGACCGCCAAGCCAUCUGGGGAGAGUAAGAAACGACAAGCACAAAACUGGCAAAACUGACAAUCUUCAAGGAAUGCUGUGGUGUACUUUAUUUAAUGCUCUUUUAUAUCUAAUGGAAAAAUAAGCCAUACAACUCCAAUGUGGUCACACUGAUGUUUAAAUGUAUGUCUUGAGUAACACUGUGGGAUAUACAGUUCUUCCUUAGAAUUUUACGAAGUGCACCGGAAAAACUUUGAAAACAAGAAAAUAUUUGUUUUUCUACUAAUUUAAAUUAUUGUCUAUACUAUUUUCUCACGUGCGUUUUAACAAAGUCAAAAAUAUGAACACAACUCAGGUAGGCCUAUGCAAAAAUGAGAGUCUGAGAGCUCUGAUAGUAAAAUUUGUUUUUAGCACACAUUGUCAAC